AGCGGUCUGCGCGGCGCGGCAGGAUGAUCCACGAGCUGCUACUGGCGCUGAGCGGGUACCCGGGUGCGGCCUUCACCUGGAGCAAGCGCAGUGGCCUGCAGGUGUCCCAGGAGCUGCCAUUCCUGCACCCCAGCGAGACCAGCGUCCUGAACCGACUCUGCCGCCUCGGCACCGACUACAUCCGCUUCGCCGAGUUCGUGGAGCAGUACACGGGGCACGUACAACAGCAGGACCAUCAUCCAUCUCAGCAAAACCAGAGUGGGUUACAUGGCAUUUAUUUGCGAGCCUUCUGCACAGGUCUUGAUUCAGUGCUGCAGCCUUAUCGACAGGCACUACUUGACCUAGAACAAGAGUUUCUUGCAGACCCUCAUCUUUCUGUCUCACAUGUUAAUUACUCCUUGGACCAGUUUCAGUUACUCUUCCCCUCUGUGAUGGUCAUGGUGGAACAGAUCAAGACUCAGAAGAUUCAUGGAUGUCAGAUAUUGGAGACAGUCCACAAACACAGCUGUGGGGGGCUGCCUCCUGUUCGCAGUGCUCUUGAAAAGAUUCUGGCUGUGUGUCAUGGAGUCAUGUAUAAGCAGCUCUCUGCCUGGAUGCUGCAUGGAUUGCUACUAGAUCAGCAUGAAGAGUUUUUUAUCAAACAGGGCCCCUCUUCUGGGAAUGUCCCUAGCCAACCUGAAGAAGAUGAUGAUGACCUAGGAAUUGGGGGCCUUACAGGAAAACAGCUACGAGAACUGCAGGACUUGCGCUUGAUUGAGGAGGAGAACAUGUUAGCUCCAUCUCUAAAACAGUUUUCUCUGCGAGUAGAAAUGCUGCCCUCAUACAUUCCUGUGCGGGUUGCUGAGAAAAUCCUUUUUGUGGGAGAAUCUGUACAGAUGUUUGAGAACCAAAAUGUUAACCUGACCAGAAAAGGCUCCAUCCUAAAAAACCAGGAAGACACUUUUGCAGCAGAGCUACAUCGACUCAAGCAGCAACCGCUCUUCAGUUUGGUGGACUUUGAAUCAGUGGUUGACUGGAUACGGAGCACUGUUGCUGAGCAUCUUUGGAAACUGAUGGUGGAAGAAUCAGAUCUACUAGGACAGCUAAAGAUUAUAAAAGAUUUUUACCUUUUGGGAAGAGGCGAGCUAUUUCAGGCAUUCAUUGACACUGCACAGCACAUGUUAAAAACACCACCUACAGCUGUAACUGAACAUGAUGUCAACGUUGCAUUUCAGCAGUCUGCUCAUAAAGUGCUGUUAGAUGAUGACAACCUUCUUCCUCUGCUUCACUUAACCAUUGAGUAUCAUGGAAAGGAACAUAAAGAUACUUCUCAGACUCGCGAAGGGCCUUCCCGGGAGUUAUCUCCACGUGAAGCCCCUCCAUCCGGAUGGGCAGCUCUGGGCCUUUCUUACAAAGUUCAAUGGCCACUGCACAUUCUCUUUACUCCUGCUGUUCUAGAGAAGUACAACGUUGUAUUCAAAUACCUGCUGAGUGUGCGACGAGUCCAGGCUGAGCUACAGCAUUGCUGGGCUCUCCAGAUGCAGCGCAAACACCUGAAAUCUAACAGAACUGAUGCCAUCAAAUGGCGUCUGAGGGAUCACAUGGCUUUCCUUGUGGACAAUCUUCAGUAUUAUCUGCAGGUGGAUGUACUGGAAUCUCAGUUCUCACAGCUGUUGCAGCAGAUAAAUGCCACACGAGAUUUUGAGAGUAUACGAUUGGCUCAUGAUCAUUUCUUAAGUAACCUGUUGGCUCAGUCUUUCAUCCUCCUAAAACCUGUUUUCCACUGCUUAAAUGAAAUUCUGGAUCUUUGUCAUAGUUUUUGUUCUCUGGUCAGUCAGAAUCUGGGCCCACUGGAUGAACGGGGAGCUGCACAACUCAGUAUUUUGGUGAAGGGAUUCAGUCGUCAGUCAUCGCUUCUCUUCAAGAUUCUCUCUAGUGUUCGGAACCAUCAGAUAAACUCUGACUUAGCUCAACUGCUGCUACGCUUGGAUUAUAACAAAUAUUACACCCAGGCUGGAGGAACCUUGGGCAGUUUUGGGGUUUAAGCACUAAGACCUUUUCUUCAGGCCAUGACCAAUGCCAUGUUAAGCAGUGGACACUGUGCCCUUGGAGAGCUUGCCCUGAACUGAGUGUUAAUUUGUGGCUGGCUCUUGCUGGUGAAGCCCUGUUUCAGAAGGAAUUGGCAAGGAAUUGCCACUUACUGUGAGGCUGCCCUGUGACUGCAGAAAGCCACUCCAUGUUUUCGAAGCUACUAAGAACAUGCUUUCUACAGCCCUGCAUGUAUGUAUAAAUGUUUUUAGGGAGGCAGUCUGUACCUCUUCAGAAAGUGAAAAAGCAACAAGAAUUACAAUGCCUUGACUCUUCAGCUGGACUAUGAUCUUUUGCAAGCUGGAGUAUGGAGGAAGUGGUCUACUGUUCUUGACUUCUGAAUAGAGCCAUAGCUUCAUUCAUAGUGCCACUGCUUUAUAGUACACAAUGUCUGCUAAUAAAAUACAGACUUGCAGGUAAAUGAAA